UGCGUAGUGAGGUACAAUAAAUAUAAGCAACAACAUGGCGGCUAUUUCAGACAGAGAAUUAGUUGCUGAGCUUUCACGUUAUGGUGAAAAUAUACAAUUACCCAUAAAAUCCACUAAACGGCCAUUGCUUAUUAAAAAACUUAACCACCUGAGGGCUCGAUCUAAAGCUAAUGACACUUCAAGUGAAAAGCAUAAGUCGAGACAUAACUAUCGACAGACCAGCUCUUCUCAAGAAAAUAGCCCAGAAUCUGCAAAUAAUGCUAGUUCUAGAUCUAGAUCAUUAACUUUAAAUAAUCAGUCUUCUCUUAGAUCUAAUUCUAGUGUUGCACCACGCUCUUACGGAUUAAACAAUCUUAGUUCUGAUGAUAAUGAUAGUGAUGUAGACAUAGUACAAAGUUCUUCUUUUCCGCAAACACUCACUGAUUCUCAAGCCAGUGGUACAAACCAUGCAAAUUUGAGCUUGAGUAGUACUAGUAGAGAUAAAAGUCGCCAAUCAAAUGUGUCUGAUAAUGUUCUGAGAACACUCAGGAGAAGAACAGGGGAACUUCCCCCGAGACGCACACGGAAAAGUGAAGUACUUGAGCUUAGCAGUGAGCAGAAUAGAAUAUAUGAAAAUGAUUCAGUUGGUACACCUGAAAAGUCACCUGUUCCUUCACCAGCUAGAUCACGACUUUAUCCAAAUUUGAGUAACUUUCAUGCAACUGCUCGUGAUGAUACCUUUGAAUCAUCAGAUUCUGACCUUGAUGGAAGCACUUACUUCGUCACCAAUAAAUCUGUAAACACGUCAUUUCAAAGUUAUAAAGCUGAAGAUGAUGAGGAUAGAGAUGUUCCAGGGACUAGCUUUAAUAGCCAAGAAAAUACUUCCAACGCUAAGGCGAAAUCUUUCAAUGAUUCUCCGUCAGUUCAUCACAGAAAUGUUUCAACACUUCCAAACAGAAGAUAUUCCAAUGGCUCUUACCUUAGAGUCCAACAGUACAAAUCAAGAUACCUAGAACUUUUGCCACAUAUCUUGGUCGCUUGUGUCAUCAUUUUCUUUGUUGGAUUAUCACUAACUUAUGUUGUGAUACAUAAAGAUUACUUCUUUUCCUGGUUUUCCUCCCCAGACUAUAUGGCUUCUCAAACAGGCAAACAUUUAAGGUGCUCACAGGAUGGGGAAGAAAUGGAUGAUGCAGAUAUUGCUACAUCAUUGGAAGUUGUGAAAAAAUGGUUCUCUCAGCUCACUCUAAAGAAAGGUCAAGUGCUAUGUCAUGGUAAAAUAGGUGGAGACACAAUAAAUAUUUCUGAAUUGAUAGCCAUGAUCCCUGCUCAGAAGGGUGUUGAUGUGAAACGGAUUUUUUCUUGUUGCAUGCAGCUUAUACUUGCUAAUCCCGAAUGGAAUAUCAGGCCUCUGAAAGAAGAUAGUGCUGAGGCGGAUCUAGUUUCUGAUAUAAUAAAGCUGGAGUCCACUGUAGCUGACAUGACAGUUUGGUGUAGGUUAAAGAGGUCUUUUAUCACUGUGUUGUAUGGCAUCUUUCUAAUUGUUUGUGUUAUUGGAGCCGUCCUUCUGUUUGGUAUGUAUAUCAAAUACAGGAUUAGACAGCGUCAGUUAGAACAGGGAGAGGUUUAUGCCAUGGUGGAAAAAAUCAUUGAUAUUCUUCAAGAGCAUCAUGAGCUAGCCAAGAAAGAUGACUCUGAUGAGCAGCCAUACUUAGCUGUGCAACAUGUAAGAGAUCAGUUGCUUCCUCCUGCCUCAAGGCAGCAGAUGAAACCUAUUUGGGAAAAAGCUGUUGAGUUUAUAGCUGACAAUGAGUCUAGGAUUCGACUGGAAACCAAACUGAUAAGAGGGGAUGAAUUUGAUGUUUGGCAUUGGUUGCCACCAACUGCCACAAAUGGAAAAAUUUGGCAAGGUCAAGCAUUUGGUGAAAAUAGUGAGAAUAAUUCCAAUCAGGUCAUUUACAGCCCUACUCCAUGUUUGAAAAUUCGUAACAUGUUUGAUUCAAAUGUGGAGAGUGGAGAGCACUGGAAGAACAAUGUCAUUGACGCCAUCUUGGAAAAGUGUGAUGGCGUGAAGAACAUUGUCCAUGUGUAUGUGGACGCUGAGAGCAGAGAAGGCUGUGUGUACCUCAAAUGUUCAAGUUGUGAGACAGCUGGCCAGGCCAGGCAGGCUUUACAUGGCUGGUGGUUUGAUGGUCGUUUGGUAACUGUUAAGUUUUUGAGAGUGGAACAUUAUCAUAAGCGGUGGCCGGAAUCUCGUAACGCCACUAUGCCCCUAAAGCCAUCGACCAAUCAGAUGAAGUCCUUGUCACAGCCCUAUUACAAAUCAUCGUUGGAGAUGACCUAAAAGUAUUGACCUUUUGCCUUACGCUCCAGUGUCUUGUUUCUUCAUCUCCUGUCAAGCUACACGCCAUGCUUCAGCCUGGUCUAUACGACAUCAUAACACCACUGUUGAGGCUUUCAUUUUGUAACAUUAUGAGACAGAUCUUGUGCAGUAAAAUAGCUUUCCUUUUUUUGUUUUUAACUUUAUACUCCCCCUAACCUUUUCAAGUACGUGACAAGAUUAAAGCUACCCUUAUGCAGUGCUUCGAAUAACAGUUAAAAUAAGGCUGCAUCUGUAGUCUCAGCAUCACACUUUUUAGUAGUUGUUAAUUUUGUGUUUACAUUCAGGAUGAAUGCUUACAAAAUGAAAAAUGAGAUUAAUGUAGGAAUGAUAUGUUGACAUCCCCUGCUCUGCAUUUAUGUUAUUAAGAUACUUGCUGCCCAUUAGCUAGUCCCUAGCCGUAAAACAAACAAAAUAAUUGGUGUGUGUGAAUGUCUCUGGACGUGUGUGGCCUGACUGAAAUGGCUGGUCAAGAAGCUUGAAGAAAAAGUUUUUUUUUUGUUUUGUUUUUUUAAAGCUUUUCUCUGCUCAAUCUGGUUAUGUCUAUUUGCCUCAAUGUUUUUAUAUCUCAAGUGAAAGGUUUGUGUUUUUAUUUCUUAGGUCAGUGUCAGUCAACUAUGUUUUGUUGGUUCUCAAUCUUAUAGAGCUAUCCAUUCAUUUUGUGUCCAAUGUAUUGUAUUCUUGAAUAACUACUUGGGUACUGGACGCACUAGUGUGAACUGUUGAACCCUAUUGCCCAUCAUUUUCAAAAAAAAAAAAUUUUUUUUUCUAAAGUGAGCAGCUCUUUGUAAGAUCUGCGCAUGGAGUAGUUCAUCUGAAUAGUCAGUGAAGGAAUACUGUAUUUUGUAAGAGUUUAUUCUAUGGCAUCCUGUUCAAGUAGCUGAUCAUAAUAAUCUUAUUAUAAGUUUAUCUUAUAAGUAUCUUUUGUUUUUCCUGUAAAGUUUCCAUAUAAGAAAUAUUUUGGGAGGGCGGGGAAUUAUCUCUAUAUACAAGACUAUAUUAGUGUGAAAAUAUAUGUAACUAUACAUACAAGUCUGUAUGUAACUUGAGUAAAAAAAAAAUUGAUUAAUAAAUGCUUAUUCAAUUGUAAUUUUUUUUUUAUUGUGUUGCAUUGCAUUUAGUUAGUCUACUAAACCAAAGCCAAAACAUUUUUUUUUUCAGUGCAUUCAGGCAUCAAUUUUUUUCAUGUUAGAUUAAACUCACAUUAUGGAAGGAAAUAUAGUUCUCAUUUGACCAUCAGUCAUUGAAACUUUUGAUUUUUCCCAGAGCGAUGAGUAAGUACUGUCAAAUCUUGACAAAACUGUAGAACUGAAUGUCAUAGCUCUGAAUGUGACUGUAUUUUCCCAAUUUAUAUGUCAUGACAUGAAAUUACACUUUAAAAGGAAUGUGUAAAUUGGACAUGAUGUUUGAUUGUACUUCUAAUUGAUUUGUUUCUUGAAUUUCUGUCUGUGAUUUGAAACCAAUAUCUGUAGCAGUUUUCUUUUGUCCUGGGUUUGAGCAGCUGUAUUUCAAUCUGGUUAUGCACCACAUUAUAAAUAUAUUUUUUUUAUGUGUAACAUAGCAACUUGAGCUCAACAUAUAAACUGCAGGUUGAGAAAUGAUAAAAGUAAUGUAUGCUAGAGCAUGUUGUCCCAUUUCUAGGUUUUGGUAGACUGGUCGAGAAAGUUUUGUUUGCCACAAGUAGCAUUGUCAGGUACUAACAUCACAUGCCUUGACUUUAUCUUGAAGCUAAGACCUAAGAAUGUCUUCCAUGAAACCAAAACAGUCAAGCACCUUCACCAUUUGUCUACAGACUAAGCAUUGUAACUCUUCAUUACAUUGUACACCCAUUUUUUUGUACUCUGCCCACAUGGGCCUGUUACACAUACAGCUAUUAAUAGCCACCAAGAGCCUGGCAAUUUUUUUUUGUUGCACUUGGUUAUGUGUACAGCAUGAUGAUAUAAUAUAUAUAUAUAUAUAAUACCUUGUACAUGAUAUAAUAUUAUAAUACAUUGUACACAUUUUGUUUGUUGUUCAUUGGAAUGUAAUAUAGCACAGUAGAAUGAAGCAGUGAAUAAAAUUGUCAUCCAAGGGCUA